CAAUUUUACCUUUCUUGCCAAAGUCAACUUUGCCUUUGCUGCAACGGCUGCGGAGUCACAGCCACGAACAACACAACAACACACCAGCAACACCGCCACCGACAUGGCGGACGACGAUCCCGCAGCACCCACGCCUCGCACUCUCAUUCGUGCCAUCACCCGGAAUGAGAAAGCGCCAGCAACGCCUGCGGCAACAAAAACGCCUGCAACGACACCAGCGGUAGCAACUGCCACAACUGCUUCCUCCACUCGCAAGCAUGAUCAAGCACAACCGCCAACAACUGGCACGGAAACAACCUCCCGGACACGCGGCAGAAGGCAACAGUCAGCCACCACCGAAGAUCCAACCCCAAGAACACUGAUUCGCGAAAUCACUCGCGAGCAAGCUGGCGACCAAACCAUCACUCCAGACACAAGCAUCGCCAAGUCGGCAAAUGCAUCUACCCUUCCACCACCAACUCCUCGCCAAGGAGAUUUGCUUCGGGGAGUACUGGACACGACACAGAGCAGCAUGCUCGCAGCUUCAUCUUCGCGAGUGCCAAGUGCAAAUCAGUCGCUGCUUUCCAUAGCCUCAGGACCAGGUACAAGGGAUGCAUCCUUGCUUGCAGCUGAUACCACCACUCGCCCACACAAAUACCCGCACGCGUCCGCCCCGAGCCCGUCCGACGCUUCCAUAUGGGAGGUGCUACAUGAGAAACAACACACCGUCACAACAGCGGCAACAGCGGCGAAACCAGCGGUCGCAAGUACUACAGAACCACAAGCAGAGCCUGUGAAGCGACGGGCGCCCCGGCGGAGCAGCGACCUCCUCCCCAGCGGAGUCAUCCGCCAGAUCCUUCACUCCGCAACGAGCACCCGCCUCUCAACAGCAGCCGUCGACACCUGCCAGACGUGCAAGAAGACAUUCUCGUCUCGCAACGCGCACCAGAACCACAUCAACUCCAAGAAGCACAAGGACGCCGAGAAAAGGGAAGCGGCCCGCCAGCAGCGCCAGCAAGAACAUGCACAGCAGCCACAGCACCAACAGCAAGAGCAGACACAUGUCAGCAAUGGCGGCAAAGCUGGCAGUCAUGAUGAUGAUGAUGAUGAUGAUGAUGAUGAUGAUGAUGCUGCUGGCACUGCCCAGGCCAAUGUGCAGCCUUUCGAGGAGCAGAAGCGCAAAUACGAAGCGCUCAUGGCAAAGACGGCACAGGAGAUGGAAGCAAAGGAAAGACAACAACAACAACAACAACAGCAGCAGCAGCAGCAGCAGCAGCAGCUUAGCUCAACUGCACAGUCCACCGCCAUGGAGACAGCCAAAGACGAAGAAGAGGAGGAGGAGGAGGAAGAGGAGGAGCCCGUGCUUGAGCUGGUGGACAGCUUGUUCGACACGUACCGGGCAGACAGCUUUGAGGAGAAUGUGGAGUACAUGGGGCAGAAGCACGGGUUCUUCAUCCCGCAUCUGGAGUUUGUGGAUGACCUGCAGGGCCUGGUGCGGUAUCUGCAGCUGAAGGUGGGCAACUACUUCACGUGCAUCUGGUGCAACAAGGCGUGCGCGGGCCUGGAGGCGGUGCGGCAGCACAUGGAGGACAAGGGCCACAAGCAAGUUGACUACAGCGACGAGGGCCAGCUUGAGCUUGGCGACUUCUACGACUUCAGCUCGACCUACCCGGACAACGCGGCGCUGAGCGAUGCGGACCGCGACGCCAGCCUGGACGUGGUGCCCGUGCAGGACCCGAGCGGCGGGCUGCGGCUGACGAGCGGGCUGGCGCUUGCGCUUCCAUCUGGGGUGAGCGUUGCGCACCGGACCAUGCAGCGCUAUCACAGGCAGCGGUUCCGGCGCGAGGACACGCGCGAUUCCGUCGUCAUCGGCCGCCUCGCUGCACAGUACAAGGCGCUCGGGUACAGGAAUCCGCAGCUGCCCAAGGGCGAGACGAAGCGGGACCAGGCGUGGGCGGUUCGGCAGGAGCAGCGGCACCGCCUGCAGGUUGGUGUUCGCCAGAACAACCUCCACUUCAACUACGGCAAGUUCCUGCUGUAG